UAAAAUUUUUGAAUUGACGGUAACUGUCAGUCGAAUAAAAUCAAAUCAAAUUAUAAUAUUUUUGUACAAUCAAAAUGGCAAACGAAGCUGAGGAAACCGUACGUAAAUUAUCAACGCAUAAGGGUGUUGCCGGCGUUAUAGUGGUCAACGGUGAGGGUAUACCCAUCAAGACAACUUUGGACAACCACGUAUCCGUACAAUACGCAGGCCUUUUGUCCGCACUGGUCGACAAAGCGAAAGCUGUUGUUAGAGAUCUUGAUCCAACAAAUGAUUUAACAUUUCUUCGUGUUAGAAGUAAAAAAAGCGAAGUAUUGGUGGCUCCUGACAAAGAAUUUAUAUUAAUAGUCGUUCAGAACCCAGUUGAUUGAUAUAAGAUUCAAACUUUUUGGUUGCUCGUCAUUAGCCAUGUACAGGAACUACGUGUUUCGUUCCCGCAAUCUGUCUAUAAUGACUCAAAUUCGUACGUGCUCCGAGCCGCCAUAAAGUUUGGAUAGAACUGUAUUUUUAUUAUGAGUGUAUUUGUUAGUGAUAGAUUUGAUCAUAUUAAUUAUUAGUAUUAUAAUUGUUUAUUAUUGCAUGUUAAAAUUAAUUUCACUAUAAUCAUGAUGAAAUUGUGUUACUCACAAUUUACUCUUAUUUAAUGUAUUUUUGUCAGAAAAUCAA